AUGAACACUUUUAGCGGCUCUGCCGCAACCUCGAAACAGGCGCUGGGCCCUGCAGCUGGAGGUCAAGGACGACCUGCUCGUCGCAGGUUUCGGGCGACCUUGACAAAGGAACAAGCAGCCUUGAUCUAUGCUUUGCGCCCUCCAGACAAAGACGAUCCCAACCCCAGCAAGCUUGCUGGGAACAGCCAAUUGCUUGCCAAAAAGUUUGGUGUCAGUCCCAAAGCCGUCCGAGAUGUGUGGAAUCGUCGGACGUGGGCGCAUGCAACCAAGGACGCAUAUGCAAACAGCGCUCAAGGAGAGGGCCUGGACUCUGGCCUUGUCAAGUCAGAGGACAAGCUACAGGACGGCAGCAAGAUCAUAAGACCCAAGGGCAUCAAGAUGAGAUCUCCUGGUCGACCCAUUGGAUCCAAGGACUCUAAGCCAAGGCGUCGGCGAGCGAACAUGAAGAACAAGAAGUUGGAGAGUGAUCUCUCAGCACUAGACUCCAUCACUUGGCCGCUUAUGGAAAAAUCAGAAUCGCCGGUGGAGGAGCAGUUGGGAGAUGAUUUAGAUUACCUCCACUCAACCACCAUGACUGAUACCAGCGGCACGAGCAAUGAAGAUCUGUCCGAAGUCGAAGAAAGAUGUUUUCCUUUCUUCUUGAGCUCAAGUAUUGUUCCUAUUCCCAAGUCCUGUUAUUCGGACAGUUCUUCUCCUGCUACUUCCAUGAUGGACUACAGCUGUUGGAACCUCCCGAGACAAGUGGAAGCACAGUCAGAGUCUCUCUCUUGGAGCCAAGUGGAGGAUGAGCUCGCUUCUCGACGACUUGGAAGUUCAAGGCUGCUGCGGCUGAGCUUGCUGUAG